AUGGCUUCUCCACAGCAAAUCCGCACCAAGCUCACCGACCUGCUGAAGAUCCAGCACCCCGUCAUGCUUGCGGGCAUGAACGUGGCUGCUGGACCUAAGCUUGCCGCCGCCGUCACCAACGCUGGAGGUCUCGGUGUCAUCGGCGGUGUCGGAUACACACCCGACAUGCUCCGCGAGCAGAUCGCCGAGUUGAAGGGAUACCUGAAUGACAAGAACGCGCCAUUCGGCAUCGACCUGCUCCUUCCUCAGGUAGGAGGCAGCGCGCGCAAGACCAACUACGACUACACCAAGGGCAAGCUGAACGAGCUCGUCGACAUCAUCAUCGACUCCGGCGCCAAACUAUUCGUCUCCGCCGUCGGUGUCCCGCCCAAGGUCGUCGUCGAGAAGCUACACAAGCACGGAAUCCUCUACAUGAACAUGAUCGGCCACCCCAAGCACAUCAAGAAGUGCCUCGACAUCGGCGUCGACAUUAUCUGCGCACAAGGAGGCGAGGGCGGAGGACACACUGGAGAUGUUCCCACAUCCAUCUUCAUCCCAGCAGCAGUCAAGAUGGUCGAGGGCCACAAGUCGCCCUUGACCGGCGAGCAGGUACAAAUCGUAGCUGCGGGUGGUAUCUACAACGGCCAGUCGCUCGCUGCCAUGCUCACAUUCGGUGCCACCGGUGUCUGGGUCGGAACACGCUUCGUCCUCUCCGAGGAAGCCGGUGCGCCCAAGGCCCACCAAGAAGCCGUCCGCACAGCUGGCUGGGACGACAACAUCCGCACCAUCAUCUUCACUGGACGCCCGCUCCGCAUCCGCACCAACCCAUACGUCCAGAACUGGGAGGAGAACAGGCAACAAGAAAUCAAGGAGCUCACUGCCAAGGGCAUAUUGCCUGUCGAGCAUGAUCUCGAGAAGAUGGGCGACGACCUCGACGACGAGACUAUGGACAACGCGCGGCCGUUCCUAAUGGGCAAGGUCGCUGCCGUUGUUAACGAGAGGAAGAACGCGAGGGAGAUUGUUGAUGAGCUUGUCACAGAUGCCGUCAAGUGGUUGAACAUUGGCAACUCCAUGAUCGUGUCCAAGUCGAAGCUAUGA